AUGUCUAAAGAAGAAGAAGAAGAAGACGUCAAGAUGACAGGCAUCCGGCCAAUUCCUGAGGCGGCCAUGGAUAGCUCUGACAGCAGUGACAGUUGCUCAACGGGAAACAACAAUGACAUGAAUCUGAGUUUGUACAAGACGAGUUUGAAGUAUAACGAGUUCGUGAAUAAGUUGGACUCGUAUAAUAAUAAUCAGCUUCUUUUGCCGACGCAGUUUUACAAGACUUUGCUGGCUAAGGCUGUACUGUCCAGUAACGAUGAUAAAAACAACGUGUACAAGAGUAUGUUUUUUCCGAAGGAUCGGGACUUUGAUCAGAAAGCCUUCGGAUGGGACGGCGGGCAGACAGGAGGGAGCCCCUCGGGGCCCCAAGCGGGCGGUGUGGGAGGUCAAGGCGCACAAGGGCUGGUCCAUUGGAUGAGCGUCAUGGCCGAGCACAUGGACCCUGCCAUGUCACAUUACAUGUCCUGGAACCAAGAGGUGAGUACAUCCAUUUCAACCUAUAAGCUACUCAAACAAAGAUAUUUGAUACAUCCAGUAAAAAGAUAUAUGUUACCUAAUUGGGCAAUGUGUGGUAAAACUAUUUCAAGAAGCACAAGUUUCGAAAAAUAG